AAUUAAUGGGAGUGCUGCGCUGCCCUUCGGCUGCAGCCGCACGUGUGGAUGUGGCACUGCGUGUGUCCCCUCCCUGUCCGUGCCCACACCAACACAAGGACUGAGCUGUGACCAUACUACGUUCCUAUGAGCAGCCCGGAGGGACAGCAUGAGGAAAUCGACAUACUCAGGGAUCACCCGGACCUCCAGUGGGAGACUGCGCAGGCUCAGCGACCAGACCAGCCCCAGUGAGUUGCAUGGCUCUUUCUUUCUGAAACUUCCUCAUCCAAUAAAAUACAAAACCAAUCAGCAACAAAUGCAACCAACCAACCAGUUAACAACAAAUGGGUUGGGAGAAUGGAAGGAGUAACUUCUGGAAAAUGCAGCUCCUGCCUCCUAUUCACUGAAGGCUGCUGAUAAAUGCAGAGUUCUCUGUGCAGUAGCAGCAGAGCAGCAUUUAUAUAAAAGAGAGCAGUAUAUAUAAAAUAACCGUGAAAAGAGAGAGCAGUGUAAAAUAAAAGAUUAAUUACUUACUGAAUAAUGGAUCCAGAGAGAAUAAUUAGAAAAGCCCAUCUCAAUUCCAGGGGUCUGACAGCAGGUAACAGAAAGCAGGAAUGGCCUGAGGUUGAAAUACAGCUUUAGUAAUUAGCGUCUAGUUCUUACUCUCUUUAGCUAUUAUUUUUUAUUGGAUGUGGAGAUUUAUGGAUUAUACGUGCUUAUGACUAAAUUUACACUCCUAAUUGCAGCGUAAUGUUUCUGAAGCUGCUUCUGAUUCAGAAGGAAGCAGGUGGGAGGGGUUCCUUCUGGAAGGUGUUUGCAGCCUCUGGGAACGUAGCAGAGCAGCCGCAGUGCUUGGGAACACCUGAGUCCAUCGGCUCUGCAGUUUUCGUGCUGGUUGGGCUGCACAGAAUUCUUAGAAUCAUUAAGGUUGGAAAAGACCUUUCAGCUCACCAACUGUGGCCAUCAGCCUACCCCCACCAUGCCCACUGACCACAUCCCUCAGUGCCACGUCUCCAUGGUUCUUGGACACCCCUAGGGACGGUGACUCCACCACGCCCCUGGGCAGUGUGUGCUGAUGCCUCACCACUCGUUUCAGGAAGAAAUUGUUCCUAAUAUCCAACCUGAGGUACAACCUCCCCUCUGGCAUCACCCCAUCAUUUUCACUGGGGUGCUGCUGCUCACCUCUGCUUGAAGAGAACCCUGCUUGCCUGCUCCAUGCCCAGCACUGCCCACAUUGAGGUCAGGGCUUCCAUCCGCUCCCAUUCCCUCUGUCUCUGUCACUAACAGUUGCUCCCUGUGGGCUUUGUUUGCUGUUUCAAUUCAUCUUCUCAGCCCUCAUAUCCUGUCUCAGCUCCCAGAUGGAUCUAUCCAAACAGUUGUUGUCAGCUUUUUCCUUUGAGCUGGGGGGAGGAGAAAGCCACCCUCAGAAGCCUUCCUGGAGUACUGACCUCAACAUUCUGCUGUAUCGGGGCAUGAGCACAUGUGGGAUGGGGAUUAGUCACAGGCAUCUGGUUUAGGGUGCACUUAAGGGCUUUGGAAGGUAUGACAGCAUCUGGCUGGCCUUCAUCAGAAGUAGGGACAGACCCAGAGGUAUUGCAGGUAUGGUACAGACAUGGUGACAGGGAGCAUGGCACACUGUGAUGUGGCCCUCGCAGCUCUGGAGCCCCACAGUUGCAGAGCACUGAGAUGCUGUGAUGUAUCAGUGGAUGUAAAUGUGGUCUGAUCGGGAUUAUGGCCACAAACUGACAUUGGAUAGCUGGAAAAAUGCACUGUGUAAUAAAUCAGCGCGGAGUCAGUAUUGGUCUGGGUGCUGAUGGCAGCAGGAGCAGGAAGCUGAGCUGCAGUGCAAGUGAUAAAAGCUACUUUGAAACGUGGCCACUAGUACAGAAGCUGCAAGUUUUGAACUAAACUGCAUGCUUAUCUUCUGUGUGAGCAACAACAACACUGCAGUUGUAGCCCUCACAUCGCAUGUUUUCCUAUACAUAUGUCCAAGGACAGAAAGGGGAUUUGGUACAGCUCCAAAGGUAACUGGAGUGUGGAGAACCUAAAUUAGAAGACACAGCACAUUUGUUCAAUCUUGUUUCCUUUAGAGUCUAAUUAUAUACUUUUCCACUUUUUUUGGUGAGAGAUCUUUUAAAUAUUUUUUUUUUUUUAGUUAAAAUCAAAUGAGCAACUCAGUGCUCCAUUUUACAUUGCAGUAAAUAUUUAUGACUCUAUAUAACUGCAACUCAAUUUCCCCUUGUUUCAGAUCCAAAUUUUCCCCUCUGCACAUCUGGCCCUGUACCCAGAAGCUUUUAUUCCUAUGCAAGAUAAAUUGGGACUGGGAUGACUGAGCAGUGGCUGUAAAUGAAGCGUCACAGAAGGGGGUUGUUUUGGGCUCUUUGCCACCCUAAACAAAGAAAGGGAUGACAUGCAUUUCCAUAGCCACUGGCUCUUGGGAUUCAGAUAGCUGCAAAGUCAUCCACAGACCAUGCAUACCCCUGGGACACUCAGUGACAUUGGGACCCCAAAUCUGGUAUUGGCUUCUUUUUGGGAACCUUAUUUCAUGAUUCCUCUUGGUUUUUCUUGUAACUUUGGAGGCAGUUGUGUGGCUUGGCACGCAGCUCAGGGAGCAGCAAUUCUAAGAGUUUAGAGCUUCAGUCUUUGUUUCGUGCAGGACAUGUAUGUUGUCCUGGGUAAGCCAUUGUGGUGGGACACAUCUGGGCUUCUUGGUGGUCAGUGGGGAGAGCCGGUGGCUAUCAGAGCGUCUGAGAGCACCUAUUUUAGGAUAGGAAACAGGCUUCUUGAAGGAACCCAUGUCCCCAUGGGAUUACAGGGAACUAUAAUUUCUUUGGGGUGGUCUGGCUGUGGGACUGCAGCUCCCUGUGGGGAGCAGCACUGUCCUGGGGUGCAGCCUUCAGCCAGACCUGGGCUGGGAAAGUGAUCGGGUUUGGCACUGUCACCCCCCAAUUGAGACAUGAGAGCCUGCCGAUGAGGCUGAGUUUUGUGAGUGGUUUGGAGGCUCUGUUCCAUGUGCAAUUGGAAACAGGCAGAGAGAGGGAAUUGGGAAGCCCUUUAUGAAGGGCUCUGUCAGAGUGCAGUGUUGGCCUCUAAAAUGUUGCCGUCAUCUGAUUUUUGGUAGCUUAGGGUAAUAUUUCUGCAAGGAUAAGAACUGUGUGUUAGGGAAGUUACUCCCACUUCAUUUUCCUAUAGCUGUACGUGAUGGCUUUGAAAGAGAGAAAUAUUUGCUGACAUUUGCCAUCCGGAGCAGAGCUGUGUUCCCAAGUAGCAGAGAACAGCCCCAGUGCAGCUGGAGUGGAAGGUAUCAGCAUCAGGUUCCUCCUGGCUGCCAGCUGCAUUGCGGACUUUGAUUUUCUUCCAGGCUGCAAUUUGGGUUUUGCUAUGAGGAAGGAACUCCCCAUUGUAGAGGCAAUAUAGGAGGGUCCAAAGAAAGGUAUAUUUAUUGGUUUAACUGAACCAGCACAUCCCUCCUGUGCAGGUAGAUGUAGGAGGGAGUGGGAUACCAUCUUGCUGCUCUUGCACUGCUGCUAUUUCAGGUCAGGUGCUUUGUUCGUGAGAAACACCAAAUGGAGAGGAGGGAGACAGGUGCCUCUGCUUUCCUGUUUCAGCCUUUGUCUUGCUGCUGGGCUAUGUGGAGCAGGGCAGGGGCAGGCUGCCAGGGCAGCUGCAGCCGCGCUCCCAUCCCGGGCAGGCGGUGCAGCCCUGUCCUGCAGCGUCAGCAGCUGGCUGGGAGUCAACCACAGCUUGUCUCGGGGCUUUUUGGAAGCAUAAUUUAGAGAGGCAUAAAUCUCAAGGCCAGCUAUCUGGGUUACAUUAUAAAGGGGCACUCAUUGAUGUCAUGAAACCCAUCAUCGAAGCGGUUGGUUUAAUGUUGUUUAAAUACUUCUGUUGGGACACCCUCCAGGCCUUAUAGCUGUAUCAGGCUGCUUGGAUUUUGGGUCAUCUUGAGCCCCUUGUCCACCCUUUAAGUGGUGCCAAGCUCUAGCACAGCUCUAACUUCAGGGCUGUGUAAUUAAACAGGCACUUGCUGAAGGGCUCCAUGGCUGAUGACGCACUCAUCUCCUUGUGAAAAAUGCUUCAGCAGUGCCAGAAAAGAGCCAUGCUUCCUUCAUUAUCAGCCAGCCAGGGGCAGUGUCUCUGUGUGACUCCUUAUCAGAGCUGUUGCACAGAUACUUCUUAUUUCUUCUCAUUUUGCUUUUCCCUGCUUAAGUCUGGUGGUUUCCCUUGGACAGGAAUUGACAUUCCCAUUUCACAGAGGGAGACAGAGCAGCAGAGAUCCUGUAAGCAGCACUGUUUGCAUUGCCCAUGAGACUGGGAGUCCUUCUGGGGCACUGAAAUGAGAAGCUGCGUGUCCUGGUGGGGGGCUGUGGGCACUAGAUUUAAUUGGGCAUCUCAAAUUAGUGAACCCUGAUGAAGUCAGAUGUUGCAGUGAGGAUCUUAAAAUGCUUGUAAUGAGUUUAAGGUAGAUAUGGCAAUAGGUUCUACUGUUUCCAUCUCUUGGUUUAGUCCCUUGGCCUGGGGACAAUCUCUCUGUGCUCAUUGUCCAAGAGAGCAGCUUUAGAAGGUGAACCAAAAUAGUGGCAAUAAAAGAAAUACCAAAAGCCAGGGGCUCCCUAGCCAAGCGUGCAUGAUUACAGUUAUGUAAGCUAAUUCAGAGUGCUAUAAAAACCAUUAGGUCUCCUGAGUUGUUUUUCCCCAGGGAAAUACUGCCAGAACUGACAAAUCCCUCCUGCAGCUCAGGCAUGGGCACAGCACAGCCCUCUGUGUGCAGCCAUGGUACCCCAUCCCUGGAGGUGUCCAAGGCCAGGUUGGAAUGGGGCCCUGGGCAACCUGACCUGGUGCCUGAUCAAGUGCCUUGCAGCCCUGCCUAUGGCAGGGGGUUGGAACUAGAUGGUCUUUGAGGUCUCUUCCAGUCUGAGCUAUUCUGUGAUUUUAUGAUACCUGAGCAAGUCGAGCUGAGAGCUCCUGCACUGGGCUUCAUCCAGACCUUCAGCUUAUCCCAGCCUUGCUGAAUCCUGCCUUGGUUUCCCACUGGCAUGUGAGGACCAAGCUGUGACCAAGCAGCGUGCUGCUGUGAGCUAGGGGAACACACGUCUCUGUGCUGUGAUAUUUUCAACACAGGCUGCGCCUUUCACCUUGGUACAUCUGCAGAAGGGUUAACCCAGGACUUGUGGCUGCAGCCUAGUUGUGUUGGACGUGUCCCUACAUGAGGUCAUACACAUUUCUUCAGGCAGUCUCUGUUCCCCUUUGUUCCCUGCCCCACACUGGGCACACCAGCUGUGCAGCUCUCUGUGCCAGUGAGUGUCCCCAUGCACACACACUGCUCAUUUCCUCAGGCUCCUGACAAGCCUGGUGACAUGUGUCCUCUCCGUCCUCCUCAUCCUGAGCAAGCAGAAAAGGGUGAAGCCAGGUCAGCCUGGAGAAUCCCUCCUGGAGCAGUGCAGCUCCAUGAAUUUGUCUUUGCAGGAAAGCCAAACCCUAGGCAGCAAGAAGGUAAAGUGGGAAAGCUGCUCUGGGCUCAGGUGCUUGGAUUGCUGCACAGACACACGUCCUGUGCUUGCAUAAUGCAGACACGUGGAGCUGCCUGGGGUGGUCCUGUGGGGAUGCCACGUGCUUCAAGUGGAGAUGUGCAUUAGUUAGGAUGCAAGUGGGAGUGCAGGCUGUUGUGUGCAAGCUGAGAGUUAAGGCAUAGUGAUUCCUUAUUUACUGGAACUGAAGGAGGACUGGUGUGCCUUGGCGUGGUUGGGGUGUGCUAACUCCUGCAGUGCUGGCUACCUACGUUGCUGUGUGUGGUCACAUUCCUCUCCAUCGGAUAUGUGCGUCUCCUCAUGGUGUUUUUCUUCCUUAUCUUUUUUGUUGUUGAAACGUCAAUUUGCAAAUUGCCCCUGGGCAUGUUGGCAGAGCUCGUGGCUGCUCCACUUUCCCUCUUCCCCUCCAUCGUGGUGUCCCUCAUCACGUGGGCAGAGGCGAAUUCCCCAGCCCUGCCUGCACACCACAGGCGUGCUGUGAGCCUCCUCAGCCACACAUCCGGUGGUGUCUGGCAUUUCCCAAAACCCCUAAUUGUGCCUUGGGCAGAGAGCACCAAUUUGCUCCUUGCUAUAUUUAUCCCGUUUGCAGGACAGGAGUCACAGCCCUUCUCUGGGUUGCAGCAACCUCCGCUAUCCAUACAAGCUUGGAGAUGAAAGUAUGGAGCACAGAGAGCCAACCGUACCCUGGGCUGCACCCAAAGCAGUGUGCUCAGCAGGUCAGGGAGGAGAUCUGCACCUCUGCUCUGUGCUGUGAGACCUCACCUGGAGCACUGCAUCCAGAUGUGGAGUCCUCAGCACAGAAGAGACUGUUAGAGUGCAUCAUGGAGGGCUCCAGAAAUGCUCCCAGGGAUGGAACAGCCCUAUGAGGACAGGCUGAGGGCUGUGCAGCCUGGAGAAGGGAGAGCUGAGAGCGGUCUUCAGUAUCUCAAGGGGAGCUGUAAGGGAGAAGGGGAUAGACUUUAGUAGAAUCUGCGUGAUAGGACAAGGGGAAAUGACUGCAAACUGAAAGAGGGCAGAUUUAGACUCGAUGUACAGAAGAAGUUUUUACACCACAGGCAGUGAGGCAGUGGCACAGGUUGCCCAGAGAGGCGGUGAUGCCCCAUCCCUGCAGACAGCUGAGCUCAGGCUGGAUGGGGCACUGAGCACUGCUGGAGCUGUGGGUGUCCCUACUCAGUGCAGGGGGAGAAACCAGAUGGCCUUUAAGGAUCCCUUCCAACUCCAACCAUUCUAUGGUUAUGAAGCAUGGGUGCUUUCUGGGGCUGGACCAAUGGCAACAAGCAGUCCAGGCAGGUCGGCAUCUGUUGAGGAUCCUGGAAGAGUUAACGUGCAUCAGGAGGGAGCGAGCAGUCCUCCUGCCUCGCCUCGCCUUUCACUCUGCACUGCCAGCUGCUAUUAAUACUUCAGCACAUGAGUGUUAAAGCACAAGCAGAGAGCCCAGGGAGGAUAUGCUCGGGAUUUCCGGCAGUUUGAAGCUUUCAGGCAGAGAGGUUGAGAGCCAACACAGAGGAGAAGCCAGAGCAGAGGCUCUUCUUAAAGAUACACUCCUCCCUAAUAUGCAUGGGAUGGGGCAAGAUGUGUGCACUGUUUGAGCUCAGACCUGUGUUUCCUCAUCGCUGAAUGGAAUCUAAGUGGUGAGGAGCCUCUCGCACCACGUUUCCCUGCCCCUCCAGGCCCUGCAGCUCUCUGGCACCACUGUCAGUGCACUUUGAGGCUCUGCUCCCUGCACCGACUUGCAGCACUAGGCCUUCCCAGCUCACUCAGCAGGAGGGCUGGGUUACACAUUGCUGCCUGGCUGGUGCCAGAGCCUGCAGCUCCUACUAGAUCCAAGCUGCACGCUGUGGAGCAGCAUGGCUGCACCUUUAAAGGGAAUCUGCAAAAUUCACUUGAGGACUUGAGUCUGGAAGAGAGCAUCCACCCUGAGGUUUUAUGAGAUUAAAGUUGAGGUUCAUUAAUCAUCAUUGGUAUUCACUUCACUGGGUGUCUCGUGCCAAUCUGCAGGAACGAUCCCUUCACUCUGCCGCUCCUGAUCACCUGGUUCUUGAUGGGUUAAAAUCCCCAGGCUGAGGCAUGUGUGCUGCCCAUCCCUUCUUCCUUUCCAUUCACCUUCUUCCUUUCUUGGUACUUCCUGAGUUUUUCCCUUCCUCAGCAGCAUCAGCCUGCUUAUGGCAUAAGGCACACAGCCAUGAGGGCUGUGGAUAGUGGUGAUUGCAGAGGUCUGGGUUUUGUGCUGCACCGGGUCAGCGGCUCCCCUGGGCUCCUGCUUUGUGUUGGGCACCUUCGCAGUCUUGGGCAGGAAGCGUGGUUUUGGGCUGUGCAUGGGAAAGUUUUGCUCAUUGUCCCCUCUUUAGUGCCUUAGGCACUGGUAGCAGGAACAUGCAAAGCAUUAAUGGGGAAAGAGCAGGAAUUUGGGAAGGAAUCUAAGCCUCCCUGCCUAGCAAAUAACUCAAGCUCUGACCGCUGGGGAUUAGAACUUUCCUAAGGCAUGGAGCAUCCCGGAGCUGCCUCCACUUCAGCUUUUUCUAUCUGUAGGGUUGCUGCUGGUUUGACUGUGCUGCUUGCCAGAUGCCAUGCAGCAUGUGCUUUGUUCCUCCCUCUGUUGACAAUGAUGCUCCAUCAGCUGCUCCAUGGGGAAACACGCAUGAUUGCUGGGAUUUCUCACGUUGCCGCUGGAAAGCAGUGCAGAAUAGGUGCAGGCUUUGAGCUCCAAUGUCCUAACAAGGGACUGAGGGCUGCAGCUGGCUUGUCUGCUGGCCCUGGGGACAGAGGCUGUGCCCUUGCAUCUGGCUGAGUGACUCAGGCUGCAGGAUGUCAAUAGGCACUUGCGGUGGGUGGCACGGGGAGGUGGCUGUGGGCAGUCAGCUCCACCGCUCAGUGCUCCCCAUCUGCUACAGCAGUUCUGUGUUGCGCUUAGGGGGACAUCUGCUGCGUCCCUGCAUUCUGGGGGCAUGGAGGGGCAGUGGUGACCCCCAAGGUUAGUGGGGGGGAGGGUAUCCCCGCCGCGUUCCCAAAGGCUGGAGACAGGGAGAACAGGGCAGCCCCAUGUUGCAGCCACAGUCCUGCUGCCUGCCCUGGCCGAUGGCCAAGUGGAAGUUUCCGCAAGGCCGGCCCAUCGCAUCCCUCCGUCGAAGCUGUGCAGAGGGGACUGCCAAGGCAGAGCAGGGAAUCCUCGCCAGGAGCAGGCGUGAAGCUCUCCGGCGGCUGCAGGGGAGGGUCAACAUGUGCAGAGAGCAGCAGCCCGCGGUGCUGCGCCGGGAGUGAAGUCAGCCUUCAUCAGCCGAAUAGUUUAUGCAUGAAUCGAAACUUCAGACCUGGCUGGGUGGAGGGAACGCGCAGGAGCUUUGCUCUUCGCAAACGCUCUCGCCAAGGAAGGAGGAGGGGAUAGAGGAAAUAGCAGCAAAAUCAGGCUGGGGAAGCGGGGAGAGGUUGGAGACGCUGGAUGAGUUGUUGGCGCUGUUAUUGCGAGGAGCCAAGUUCCCUAAGCAUCUCCUGGUGGAUAUUAACAGAGAGCUGCGGUGAUCAGAGUGCUCCCCCGGACACUCACGAGCUGUGGCUUUAAGACUGUUUCACAGAGGACUUGGGAUUUCCAUUCUUCCUGUGCCUGGCGGAGUAUUUCGGGGAGUUCCAGGAUUUUGGGGUCAUGCACCCCCUUUUUCCUCCUUCUUCCUCCUUUCUCUUCCUCCCUUCCUCUUUCUUUUCAUUUCAAAGAGACAAAGCUACUUCAGUUUGGAGCACAAACAUAUGAUCAGCACAUGGAAAUGUGGUAAUUUGGAUGCAUUCAUGAUUGCAACAGAUUGAAGAAAUUAGACCAGACAAAGAGCUUUUUUUGGAGGAGGAGGAGGCAAGGCAAGGAGGGAGGGAGAGUGGGUGAAAGAAGGGGACGCCACCGAAAAAAGGGACGGCCGUGACACGCGGAUGCUAAAUAUAUCCCGUAGUAAUGGAGAGGGACCGGAUUUCAGACAGAAGGUGGUUCCAGCAGAAACCAGGGGGGGAGCGAGUGGGGGAAAAAAGAAACUGCUCUCUGAGUCUGGAUCUCAUUUGAGUUUCUCUCUUCCCCCCCCUCUGUUCCCAUGUGCCGCGCGGCGCGGGGGGAUGAAUGCUGAGCCUGUUAGCUCCGAGCUGCCAGUCGGGAAGAGGGAGGAAAAGCGCCGAGCUCUUGGCAUGGAGACGCAUUUCUGCCCUGAAGCUCUGAAAAGAUCUUUUGAGGUCGAGGAGGUAGAUCAGUCUUCAAAUUCCUCCACCCCACAAAGAAGGACCCCAAACCCUCUCCUCAGGUCCACCGUGUCCAGCUCCACACAGAAGUUUCAGGAACUCGGUGCCAGGAACUCGGAGCCAUCUGCCAGACAUGCAGACCCCACAGCCCAGCGAUCCCCCAAGGCUCCACUGAGGAGAGUAGAGCACUCCGGACCCAAACUGCCAGAGCCGGUGUCCAGAAGAACAGAAAUCUCCAUUGACAUCUCAUCCAAGCAGGUGGAGAACUCCACUUCGGGGUUGUCGAGGUUUGGCCUCAAAAGAGCAGAUGUGCUGGGGCACAAAGCCCCGGAGCCCACCCCACGCAGGACUGAGAUCACACUCGGCAAACCCCAGGAGCCGGGACUGCGGCGGGCGGACGCCCCGGCCUCGAAGAUCCCUGAGAUGCCCCAGCGCAGAGCGGAGCCGCCCAGCGCUCCCAUGCCUGACGUGGCCACCAAGCGCGUGGAAAUUCAGGUAGCCAAGGCUGCCGAGGUGCCGACCCCGCUGGCACGGCAAGUGGAGAGCAUGGAGCCCGUGCCGACCCCACAGCCUCCCCAGGCAGAACCAAAGCCACAGCCGGUGCUGAUGGAGAGCCCACCAAAGAGAGAAGAAGGUCCAGAGGCCGUUCCCAGCCCCGUGCCCGGCAUGACGGACGCUGUGCGUGAUGCUGGCCCCAAACAGGCGGCACCGGCACGGCCGGACAAACCAGCUGCAGACUUUGGCUACGUGGGGAUCGAUGCCAUCCUGGAGCAGAUGAGACGGAAAGCCAUGAAGCAAGGCUUCGAGUUCAACAUCAUGGUUGUGGGUCAGAGCGGCUUGGGGAAAUCCACAUUAAUCAACACCCUCUUCAAAUCCAAAAUCAGCCGGAAAUCUGUACAGCCAACUUCUGAAGAGCGGAUCCCUAAGACCAUUGAGAUCAAAUCCAUUACUCAUGAGAUCGAAGAGAAAGGGGUUCGCAUGAAGCUGACAGUCAUUGACACUCCUGGCUUUGGAGACCACAUCAACAACGAGAACUGCUGGCAGCCCAUCAUGAAGUUCAUCAACGAUCAGUAUGAGAAGUACCUGCAGGAGGAGAUCAACAUCAACCGCAAGAAGCGGAUCCCUGACACCAGGGUGCACUGCUGUAUAUACUUCAUCCCCGCCACCGGCCACUCGCUCCGACCGCUGGACAUUGAGUUCAUGAAACGCCUGAGCAAAGUGGUCAACAUCGUCCCCGUGAUCGCCAAAGCCGACACGCUGACGCUGGAGGAGAGGGACUACUUCAAGCAGAGGAUCACAGCUGAUCUCCUUGCCAAUGGGAUUGAUGUGUACCCUCAGAAGGAGUUUGAUGAAGAUUCUGAAGAUCGGCUCGUGAAUGAGAAAUUCAGGGAAAUGAUCCCAUUUGCAGUCGUGGGCAGUGACCAGGAAUACCAGGUUAAUGGAAGGAGAAUCCUUGGAAGGAAGACCAAGUGGGGCACCAUUGAAGUGGAAAACACGACACACUGUGAGUUCGCCUACCUGCGGGACCUCCUCAUCAGGACACACAUGCAAAACAUAAAGGAUAUUACCAGCAAUAUCCACUUCGAAGCCUACAGGGUGAAGAGGCUGAACGAGGGCCAGAGCUCGCUCUCCAACGGCGUGACCGACAAAGAGCUGGUGGCUAACGAAAUGUAACCGUCUCGCUCUGUAGCCAGGACCUUGCUCGCUCACGCUCGCUAUCUCUACCCCCUUCUCCCUUUAUUUUUAUAUAAAUCCUCUGCCACUGUCCCUUUCCCCCCAACCCCCCCCCCCCCCCCCGCCAAUGUUAACUGACCAAAUAACCAGAUGCUGUAUGUUGUACAGAGUGGGGUGAGUGCCCGUCCCCUGCUGCCCCCCAGCCCUGGGAGGGGAUGGAGGAGCCUCCACCCAUAGGGCUGUAUGGAUUUGGGCUGUAGGGCAGCAGGUGCUGCAGGGUCCCAGGGUGCGGUGGGGGUCUCCUGCCCCCUCUGUGGCCAUGCACCCAGGGCAGUUUGCCAGAGGCUGAGUACCUCUGUCCCACGUCUGUGCCAUUUUUCCUCUCCGUCCAUUGGAGGCAAGGCUUGCUCCAUGUCAUUGUACCCUCCAGAAGCAAAGCAAGGUACGGUGGUGUGAAGACAGCAAGGCAGUGCUAUCCUCGUCUCCUGCCUCCUCCUCGGCAGCCCUGCAGCACCAGCCCUGACUCAGCCCCUCUUCCCUGCCUACAUGCAAUAAGCUGGGAGCAUUGGGGUGUUACUUUGCCUCACAGCAGCCCGGCUCUGGGAGAAGUGCCUUUAGGACUGUUACCUUGCAAUAGUGCAGAAUGGGGAAGGGAGGCUGUGUCUGGAAAAUGCUUCCCCACGCUGCAACACUUUGCAGAGACUCCUCAUCCCUCUCACUCGUGGCUUGGCCCAUAGGUAUGGCUGGGUUCCUGUGGACCCACGUGUAUUUAUUUUUAAUCUGUAGGGUGUUUUAUUCCAUGGAAGGCUCAGAGUGUGUUUGAAGAGGCUGAGAGUGAAACAUCUCUGCAAAGCGGUGCUGGGAAGUGGAAGUUUGUCCUAUCUGACCCUUGUCAUAGUAGGCUUUUCCUUAAGUCAGAGGAGGCCUCUAGGUGUUAUUUUUCUACACGUAUUCCUUUGCAUCCCGCGUGUGAUGUCUCCAUAACGCACUCCAUGUGAAUAGCCCUGUGCAGGGGGCUGUGCCCGCACUGCCUGAGCCCCACAUGCCCACGUGCAUGAGAGCAGCCCGGCCCUACGGCUCUGCCCCACACACUUUGUGUUUCCAUGGACCUGCGGGAAGAAGGACCCUUUGUGGGCUCUGCUGGGGAACGCUGCGUGGCACACGAGGGGUGGCCCAGGAGCCCCACAUCCCCCUGCCCCUUUCCCAGUGUCAGCUCCAUCCAUCUCUGCUCUCCUGUGGGAUGAAACCUCAUGCAAAUGGCCCUUUUUUUUUUGGCAAGUAAUCACGGCAGCGUGUCCCACCCCACGUUCCCUAUGGGGCAGAGGAGCAGAGGCAGCUCUCACCCUGCUCAGGAUGCCCACAGGCUCAGUGCAGGGUUAGGAGGUGCUCCUACACACCCUGGGGCGCAGCGCAAGGAGAACGCGCUCUCCCCAUAGCUCACAUUUCCCCCUCUGCAGCAGCACGUGCUGAGCUGCUGGGGAAGCAUGACGACUUACAUACCGACUUGCUAUAUCUUAGCAAAAACAAAAUGUAUUUACUGACAAAAAAAGAAAAAGAAUAGGUGCAUUUCAAUAGUUACAAAGACUUAAAGGGGAGAUCUCCUGCGUGAGGCACUGCUGCAAAUGCCAUCUUAAAUUCUUUUCCCCUCUCUCAGCUGGGCCAGGCGAGGCGCGCUGCUUUCUCCCUUAUAACCUGGGAUCUUUCUUUUGGGGGGGAGGGGGGGGAAGGAAAACAAAAGAACAUACAAUAAUAAAAAGAACAACCUUCAUCCAGAUGUAUUACAAUGGCCUUUCGGGGGUUAUAAGCAUUAUGAGAAAUUUAGUCCUUUUUUUUUUUUUUUUUUUUUUUUUUAUUUGUAUAAAUAAUAGUGUUUAAUAUGUAUUUCCCAAAAUAAAUGUUUUGAAUGCG